AUGUCGGCCAAUAUAGUUAUCUGGUCGGUUCUCGGCCUUGUAUUUCUCAGGGUCCUAUAUGAACGCAUACGAGAUAGAAGUCUUCCCCCAGGACCCCCUCGUCUUCCGCUCAUUGGAAACCUCCACCAAGCACCUACCGAUGCUCCAUGGUUGACCUAUCAGAAAUGGAUCAAACAGUACGGGCCAAUUGUCAGCGCUCAAUUUGGUGGCAAUACGGUCAUAUUCAUAGGAGAUGCUACUAUCGCUCGAGAGCUCUUGGAGAAACGAGGACAUAUCUACAGUGACCGACCACGGCUGGUUAUGGCCGGCGAAAACCUGACGAAAGGAAUGCACCUCCUCCUCCGCCGCUAUGACGAACGAUACAAACUCCAUCAGCGUCUUGAUGCGCCCGUGCUCAGCCCCCGUGCCUCGAAAACCUACUAUCCAAUGCAGGAUCUAGAAAGCAAGCAACUGUUGUUUGAUUUCUUGUCGACGAAUAAUUUUCAAAAGGUGUACGAACGUUAUGCAGGAAGUUUGGUUUAUAGUCUCGCGUAUGGCAUCCGUUUACAUACUGGCAACGAGCCAAUGCUGCAUCAUGCACACCAAGUGCAGGAAAACUUUGGAUAUGCAGGCCGUGUCGGCACGUGGAUUGUAGAUGCGCUUCCGUUCCUUAACCACUUGCCUCCCAGCCUGGCACCGUGGAAAAAAACAGCCGAAAAAUUUUACCAGAUUGAGAAAGCACUCCACCUGGGCAACAUGCAGACCGGGCUCGCUAGCAAGGGUUGGAACUGGACCAAGGAGUUCUCGAAAUCUAAACAAUCGGAUCCGAUGUCAGAGAUUGAACUAGCCUACAACUUAGGUAUUCUGGCUGAUGCAGGUUUUGAUACUACCUCGGUACAGAUGCAGGCAACGGUCCUUGGGAUUUUUUGGGCUAUGGCCCUCGAUGAGAAUAAGUUUGAUCGACCUCUAGAGUUUCUUCCCGAACGAUGGUUGGAGAAGUCAGAUGAUGGAAAAGAUCAAUUUGUGAACUUCUUUGGCCAUGGACGUCGCAUCUGCACUGGUAGACAUAUUGCGAAAAAUUCACUUUUCUUGCUCAUUGCACGCAUCCUCUGGGGUUUCAACAUUCGCCACGCGGUCGAUCAAGAUGGUAAAAUCAAGGAGGUCGACGACUUGGCAAUGACAUCGGGAUUUGUUUCAUCGCCUCUUCCAUUUGAGGCAGUCUUCGAGCCUCGUAGUGCGCAUAGCAAAGAAGUCAUUGGAAAUAGUUGGCACAGUACAGAGAAAGAUGUCGAUGUACUUAUGGAUUCAAUUAAAGCACAACAGAUAUCUGCGGGAUUGAAUGUUCUCGCUUAA